AUGGUGGCUAAUCGUCGAAACUUCCUCUUCAGAGUGAGCAUUGUGAUAAACAUAGCGGUGCUACUGUACGCGGCUAUGCAGCUGUCAGGGAACACUACCACACCUGGGGUCUACUGGAUCCCGGUAGACGGCGAGCAGAGGUCCGCCGAGUACAAAUUUAACCAAGACGUUAGAAACGAGACGUAUACGAAAUCGCUAGAGCCCAGCGCCAGGAACUUCGAAGAGUCGACGUCACAGAAGACGCCAUCGACUAUGGCGACAACGAAUAAGACUGCAUCGAGCACCGCUUCCAUUCCUGAGAUAGAAAGGAAAGUGAUGAGUGCGGUUCCAGAGCCGGAAGCGUCUAAUGCUACCAGCAUAGAAAUUGAGGAUGAAGACAAUCUGUCGCCGACCACACUUGCGUAUCUCCGGACGCUAUUGGGAUGCAGCGAUAAAGACAUGCUACCUCAGACGGUGCAGCGUGGGGAGUUUUGGGUGUUAAAGAAUUUCAUACGCGCAGACCAUGGGACUAUAUCGUGUCAUGAGACGAUUACGUAUACGACGCAUGCGGGCUACGAGUUCCUUGACAAUGUUCUUCCUCUAGUAGAACGAUGGAUGGCACCUGUGAGUCUGGCUAUUCACGCGCCUGGCGCCGACCUGACUCCCACGGUGAACAGCAUCAGAUACCUGCGAGAUUGCCUCAGCAAUGAGCUCGUGAAGCAGUUUGUUACGUUCCACAUCUUUUUCUCGCAUAAACAUAUACCUAGUAAGAUACCAGACCCAGAUGCCUUACUUCAGACUCCUUACAACUGCACAGCGAAGCCUCCAUACGAAAAUGUGAACUCCACAUACAUGAAGGAAAAGAAUUUAUUGUACCCAGUGAAUGUCGCUCGGAACAUAGCGAGGGACGCCGCUGUCACGCACUACAUCCUUCCAUCCGAUAUCGAAUUGUAUCCUAGUCCAAAUCUAAUACCAAGAUUCCUAAAUAUGAUCGCGAGGAACGCUAAGCCUCUGAGCACCUCCACGAAGCCCAGAGUGUUCCCCAUUAGUAUAUUCGAGGUGGACGCCAAAUAUCAGGUGCCAUCUUCAAAAACAGAGCUCCGAGCUAUGUUGGCGAACAAAACGGCCAUACCAUUCCAUAAGUUCGUGUGCCCCAACUGCCACAAUAUACCCCAGGGGCAACAAUGGAUGAAUGCGGUCGAGACCAAUCAGAUGGACGUUUUCCAUGUUGGUAAGCGACGUGGAAAGUUCGUGCACUGGGAACCAAUUUUCAUCGGGACUCAUCAAGAUCCUUACUACGACGAACGUCUCAGCUGGGAAGGGAAGAAGGACAAGAUGACGCAGGGCUACAUUCUCUGCGUAAAGGACUACGAUUUCAUGAUAUUGAACAACGCGUUCCUUAUACACAAGCCCGGCAUAAAACAUUACGUGAAGAACGCAAAGAGGGAUGCCAUAGCUGGACGUCAGUCCGCCUUCGUCAAAAACAUUAUAAUGCCCGAAUUGAAAAAGCUUUUCGGAACUAGGAACGGUUGCGCUCUGUGA